AUGCGGCUGAUACAUGUGUACAAUCUGGAGCUACGAGGCGUGGUAGAUCCGCCUCCAUACGCUAUACUAUCGCACCGAUGGACCAAUAAGGAGCUAUCCUAUCAGGCGUACCAUGGAUGCAUCAAUCAGGAUUCUCCGACGUCUAGGAAAGUGUUGAACUUCUGUAAGGCUAUCCGAGCUGCGAAUACGACUCGCCAAGAUGGCGAGCCACUGCUAGAGUGGGCAUGGGUCGAUACCUGCUGCAUCGAUAAGGCGAGCAGUUCUGAACUGUCCGAGGCAAUCAACUCAAUGUGGUCUUGGUACGAAAAGUCUGCAAGCUGCUAUGCAUAUCUCGUUGAUGUCCCUUGGUGCGAGAACAGGGCUGAACUUUUGGCCAACUUUCGAGAAAGCAACUGGUUCCGACGCGGCUGGACGCUACAGGAACUGCUCGCACCUAAGAAGGUCAUUUUCUAUACCUCGGACUGGCAAAUCAUAGGAUUCUCCCCCGGCUCGAACCUCCAGGACGUCGAGAUGCUUGAGGCUCUUUGUACCGCUUCAGGCAUUGAUCUACCCUAUAUCAGUCAUGCGCAGAGCAUCUUCUCUGCUUGUGUUGCUGAAAAGAUGAGCUGGGCAUCCGGAAGAACCACCACGCGGAGCGAGGAUACCGCCUACUGUCUUCUAGGCAUCUUCGGGGUCCACAUGCCUUUGCUCUACGGGGAGGGCGAGGACGCCUUCAUACGCUUGCAGCAGGAGAUUAUCAGACAGUCUAAUGAUGAGUCCAUUUUCGCUCGCAGGCUCCCUGCCAGUGGGAAGAGCCACUUCACCCAAAGCUUUGCACAAGGUGCACGCUCGGGACUUCUGGCUUGUCAUCCGGCCGAGUUCGCAGGAUGUGCUAAUAUUCGAGUUGUGGAUCGAGUGCCACGACGACCUUUUCAGGUUACACAAAAAGGAUUAGAUCUACAUGGUCCUGCCGUCGAGAUUGAGUCAUGUUACAACGACCGUGGCUCCCGCUUCACACGGCGAAGGGUGCCUCAUCGAAUUGAAUUGUGUAUAUUUGCUGGACCACAAUCUGGUCGGCUCCGUGAUGCAUCGAAAGCAGAGACAGGCGGUAGGUUGCUCGCUGGGCUUGCAAGAGAUAGGACCCAAUAG